AUGCCUUUUUGGGGAAAACACAAAAAGGAAAUAUCGAAGGCCAUGGGCAUUGUGGCAUUUGUGGGUUCUGCUGCUGCUGCUGCGGGCCGGCAACGAGCAGCAGCAGCAGCAGCAGCAGCAGCAGCGGUGCCGGGGGCUGCAGGCGAAGCAGCAGGAGCAGCAGCGCCGAUGGAAACAGACCCCAAAAACGCAACUUCACCGGCAGCAGCAGCUGCUGCAGCAGAGGGCGAGAAGCUGGCAGCACGUAAUCGUCCAGCAGCUGCAGCAGGUGCUGCUGCUGCCGCUGCUGCUGCUGCCUUGAAAGAUGGGGCAGGCAGCCCCUACUCGGUGCUGCUGUUCACAAGUGCUUGGGAAGAGACAGAGCAGCUGCUGCGGGAGACAAUGAUGGCUGUGGGCGUUCGCCUGCCCGUGCAAGCAGCAGCAGCAGCAGCAGCGGCCACUGCGCCGCAGCAGUUGGGAGUCGACUUUGCUGCUGCUGCUGCUGCUGCUGCAGGGAGGGGGGGACACACCUCCCGCAGGAGGCGGAACAGACGGCAGCAGCAGCAGCUGCAGCAGCAGCACUCAGCGCCGCUGCAUCAGCAGCUGCAGCACCAGCAGCACCAGCACCAGCAACAGCUGCAGCACCUGCAGCAGCAGCGCCAGCAGCGCUUGGGGCUGCACACUGCGCGCACCCCAACAGGCAGCAGGGGGGGCGUCCCUGCUGCAGCAGCAGCAGCAGCAGCAGCUUCGCGGGCAGCAGAAACAUCAGGGGGCAGAGCAGCAGCAGCACGAUCAGCAGUAGGGGCCGCAAUAGCAGCAACAGCAGCAGGGUCCAGAACUUUAUUAGUGGGCGCAGCAGCUGCAGCGCGGUCUGCAGCGAUAGCAGCAGCAGCAGCAGCAGCAGCAGAGGACCCACUGGGAGGUAACCAUUUUGGGGGUGACGGCUUCUCAGGAGCUGCUGUUUCCAUUCGAGCUGCGUCUCCUCCUGUUGCUGCUGCUGCUGCUGCUGCCCCCGCUGCUGCUGCUGCGGGGAGCCAUUCGAGGGCUGCUGCACGGGGGCAGGACCUUGCAGAGUUUCCAGCAGCAGCAGCAGCAGGAGGAGCAGCCCCAGCUGCAGCAGGAUUUUCUGGAGGGUCUCCUCCCCCCCCAGCAGCAGCAACAGCAGAAGCAGCAGCAGCAGCAAAUGCAGAAGCUGAUGCCCUCUGGGUUUAUUCCCUAACAGCGCAGCGGGGAAUCCCCGCGGCGCUGCGGCGGAUGCUGGCAGUCUGCAGGCCCAAGCAGCAACAGCAGCAGCAGCAGGGAGAGCUAGAUGAGCAGCAGCAGCAGCAGCAGCAGCAGCAGCAGGAAGAUGAGGGGGAGCCAGUGGUGCUGCACUGCCGCAGCUGCACCACGGGGCCGCACAACCGAGAUGUCUUUCUUGCUGUUACUGGUGGGGGGGCCCUAAGCCCUCACUGGGGUGCUGCUUUUGUUGCUUCGGUGCUUAGCAGCAGCAUGGGCAGCAGCAGCAGCAGCAGCACCAGCAGCACCAGCAGCAGCAGCACGGCCAACAGCAUUGCGACCCUCUCUUGGCUGCAGCUGCUGGAGCUCGCGCACACCCAGACCAUGUGGCCCGCGCGGGGCCCCGCGGCUCCGCUGCUGCAGCAGCCGCCCCCCAGCCCAGCAGCAGCAGCAGCAGCAGCAGCAGCAGCAGCAGAUGGAGACGCAGUCGCAGAAAUGUGCAGGAGGGGCCGCCCAGGGAGACAGCCAGGGAAAGGCGGAGACUUAAUGGCUUUGACCCGCAGCUACAGGGGGGCCUUUUCUGUGGAGCGGUGCUGCAGCAGCAUCUGGGGAGCAGCAGCAGCAGCAGCAGCAGCAGCAGGAGGCUCGCAGGCGGCGGGGAGCAGCGCUGAGACCCAGCAGCAGACACAGCCUCGCCCCAAGCAGCAGGAAGCAGCAGCGGCCAACAGUGUGCUGCGCCCCACAGCUUCUCGCGACGGCGCAGCAGCAGCAGCAGCAGCAGACGGUGGAGCGACGCGGUCUACGACGCAGAGGUCGCAGGAAGCAGCAGCAGCAGCAGCAGCAACUGCUGCUGCUGCUGCUGCUGCUGCGCGACUCAGAGCUACCUCAGCACUUGCCAUUGCGGGGGUUUAUUCUUUAAGUCAAAAGACAAGAAAGAAACACGAAAGACUUGAAUUCAUGCUGCACAAACUCAAG